UAAUAAAAGAGCAGAACUGUUUGAAAUAUAAUAAUAUGCUUUAACGAAUUAAUGGCUGAGUGCUAAAGUUCUGACUUACCAUUUGGUCUGUGAACGCACCAGAGGAGGGGCUCUACCGAACAUACGUCAGAAUGCUAACAGCAUUAGCUAACAGCUCAGCUAGCAGCUCGGCUAACAGCUAACUGAUGCUGUUUCACAUCGAUUUACCUUUAAUAUAAACAUUAAAUAUUUCAGCUGCGAGAGUCUGAGCGACAUUGAAGAAUAAUAAUAAUAAUAAUAAUAAGAAGAAGAAGAAGAACAACAACAACAGCAGCUGUGUGAUGAGUUAGCUUCGAGCUAACAGCUGCCGUUUGGUGUCCCCGUAGUGUCCCCUGGUGUCCCUGAGGUGUCCCCUGGUGUCCCCGUAGUGUCCCGUGGUGGCGUCCGUCCCUCAGGAUGAUAAAGUUCGUGCUGAUGGUGAACCGGCAGGGUCAGACCAGGCUGUCCAGGUAUUUCUCACCUGUGGAGCUCAGCAGGAGAAACCAGCUGGAGGCCGACGUGACGCGCUGCUGCCUGAGCCGCAAGAGAGACCAGUGUUCCUUCGUGGAGUACAAAGACUUCAAGUUGGUGUAUCGUCAGUACGCUGCUCUGUACAUCGUGGUCGGAGUCACAGACAACGAGAACGAGCUGUCCGUCUACGAGCUGGUUCAUAACUUUGUGGAGGUUUUGGAUAAAUACUUCAGCAGAGUGAGCGAGCUGGACAUCAUGUUUAAUCUGGACCGGGUCCACAUCAUCCUGGACGAGAUGAUCCAGAACGGACACGUGGUGGAGACGAACCGCAGCCGCGUCCUGGCGCCGCUCGCCACCCUGGACAAGAUGGCCGACGGCUGAGAGGAUGAUGUCAUCAGGUGAUGAUGUCAUCAGGUCAAAGGACUCGUGUUAUUAACUGAUGAUUAAAGCUGCUCACUUUAAUAUUUAACUUCAUUUCUCCUGUUGUCUGAAUGUUUUUUUUUCUUUGAAAUAAUUUUAAUAUUUUUUGUAUAAAAUAAAGUCAAAUUUAAUAAAGAGAAUUUUGUUUUUCAAUUUAUUGCUCAAUAUUUAAUGAAUCCCUCAGCUUAUUGUCCCCAUUUUCACAAAUCAAUAAUUUUAGAUUUUGGUUCCUUGAGACACAUUUAAAUAAGAAAAAUGUGACUUUUAAAAAUGUCCCAGACUGUAAAACAAACAAAAAAACUACAAAAAAUACAGUAGAAUCUUCUCGUUAUGAUCAGAACUGAUGCUGGAUCAAAGAUUUAACUCAGUAAAAGUGGAAAAUUAUAUUAUUUUUUAAUAUUUUGUCUGUUUUAGGAAGGAAACAUCUCUGUUCUCUGUAGAUAAGAUAAAAAUGCAUAAAAUUCUGAAAAAUAAGUUAAUAUAUGGCUUGUUAUGAUCAGAACUGAUGCUGAUUAAAAUAUUUAUAUAUUGUGUUUUUAUAGAAUAGGGGAUUUUGUUUUUGUCCUCCAAGAUAACAAGAUGGAGUUUAAUAAUUUUGUGUGUAGAAAAU